CGCACCACUCGCGAGUUGCCGGCGAGCUUCGGAGUUGAUCGCGCGUUUGCAUCAAUUUAAAUUUCGAACGCGCGCUUCGUUUUUUAUUCAAGAGAUAAAAAAAAGAAAUUGUUCACGCAUUGUUAGCAGCCAGUUUUAUUGAUUUGAAUGGAAGUGAUUAUUGUUUUUUAGUGGUUAGGUAGUGAGUGGUCGACUGUCUAAUAGUAUGUUAGUGAAUGAACACAAUGGAACUUUGCUGCAAGUAAUUUUCGUCGCGAGAAAAUGAAAGCGUGCGCGUCCGCGAAUUCUACAUCGCGAUGCAGCGUUGCCCCUACAUCCACGAGAUGAAGGAGCGACUGCUGGGUGCGCCGGUAGAACCAGAGCAGAAGGAAACACAGCAGCCGCACGAGCGGAUUGAAAAGGACCCGCAGGUCGGCACCAUCGUCAAACUGAAUUCAGACGGGUACGGAUCGCACACGUCCCCGGCGCGGGCGCCGCUCGUCACCGACGAGUGUGAGGCCCCGCCGGAGGAGACGGAAGCACUCACGCCCACCGAGGUGGUGCUGAGGUACCGGGCUUGCUGUCAGCCCGAUACUACACCUAAGAAUGCCAAAACUUCGUUGUUCAUCAUCUCCAGUUUUAUUUACGCGAAACUGUUGGUUGUUGUGUGCAUCGCUUACGUCAUCAGUGAUGUCAUCACACACAAUUUACCACUCUAUUACUACGAAGGCUUCUUUACCUACCUUUAUGGCAUGAGCAUAUUGUUCUUGUUAUACGUCUUUUGCUUCCUGCUUCAAGAGAGUGCAUGCUGUAGCGGCUCACCGAAAGCCAAACCACCACCAAAAGAGAAGAAGCCGAAGAAAGAGAAAGUAAAGAAAACCAAAGAUAAGGAAGGCAAAGAUGGUAAAAAAGACGGAAAGAAAGAUAGAAAGGACAAGGACAAAGAUAAGGAAGGAAAAGAUAAAGCCACCAAAGAAUCAAAGAAACAGAGCCAGUUCCAGGAGGUGUAUCCCCGUAAGAUGCGCGAUAAAGUUCGUCAACAGCAAUUACAAUUACAAAUGGCGCAGUUGUAUGCGUCUGAGCAGCAACAAGAUAUUGUGGAAAUCGAGGCUGGACCUGUUACAAGACCGGUGCGUAGGCGCAAAACAUCUCAAAAUGAUCAUAGUCAUGGCAGCUUCUUCUUACGAAUUGGUGCUAUUGCCUUUGGUCUCGGCACAAUGAUUUACAACGGCUUGGAAUUCGGAACAUUCUUUGAGCUUCCACUGGAUUCGCCAUGUUAUCUUAUUCUAAAAGGCGUCAACCCGGUUUUGCAGAUGGUUUUUACAUUCAUGCAGAUGUACUUCAUCUUCAUGAAUUCGAGGUUAAACAUUCACCGUUUCAAAGUGAUCGCUCGGUUUGGUUUAAUGCACGUAGUCGCAACAAAUAUUUGUGUCUGGAUUCGAACAUUGGUGUUGGAGUCAUUAAAGGAAAUUACAGAUUACCACGUCAAGAAUCCACAGGGUGUUCCUGGAGAAGGCGUUUUAGGAAAAGUCAUCCGUAAGCACACUCUAAGGCACUCUGGCAAAGUAUUUGGUGCAGCCACUACAGCCGCCACCACGAUUGUAUCUACUGCUAUGACCACUGCUAAAACCGCCGGCGACCAACUAAUAAACAUGGUUACCACGACUGCCACAGCUCCUACCACCACAUCUACCACAACAACUACUUCUUCACCAUAUCAUAACAUGGGUAGUGGGUUCUUCGCUAAUUCGAAACUCAUAGACACUAUAAAGAGUACUGUAGGCUAUGACAAUGGCUUUGGGUACGGUCGUGAGUUCAAAGAGUGGCCCAACGACAACCCCUUCACUACUACUUCUUUCGCUCCACUGACCACAGAAGCCGAUAAAGUAACUCAAACCCAAACUGCCAUGUUGGAAGUGUUUCAAUUUCCUUUCACUUCGACUCUGAAACCAAUUGUAAACGCAAUAACUACAUUCAUACCGACAACUGCAUCAAGAUUCGUUACUGAAAAAGACGAGUGGGGCAAUGUUGUCGAAACAUAUCGUGUAGACGAACCACCUCAUUUCCCAGAUAACAAAUCAACAGAAAUAUUCGAGUCGUUCGAAAGCCUGAAUCCCGCUGCUUUGAUCGCUAAUAUCGAUAACAGUACGGUGUGCGGAAGGAAUCCAAUUAUGGGAACUAUCGUUUCUGACUCGGCGCCUUAUCUCUAUCCGUUCAUCAUUGAGUACUCGCUCAUCGGAGCGGCCGUUAUUUAUGUAAUGUGGAAGCAUAUUGGCCGCUAUCCCAGCGUGGCCAACGAUGAAGAUCUGGAAAGACGUCUGGAGGCUGUUCUCUCCCGCAGGGCAGCAGCGCUUGCGGCAGCUCAACGUGGCAACCGCGUCGACUGCGCUGGCGCAUCCAAGGGCCUCUUCUGUGGAUUACUUCUGCUGGUCGCUUCUCUGAUCUGCUUGAUACUCUUCUUCGUCUUGAUAAGACACCAGGAAUUGAAGAGACUUUCGAUUUACUUAGCCGAUGUGUCCCACUGUGCCCUGAUGGUUUUAUCUAUAUUGGCAAUUCUGAUUGGAUUUAUACGUGGUCGUGAAAUGCAAUGGAGCCCUUCCCCCUGUACCGAGCCUCUUCGCAGGGUACAAUCGUUGAAGUUCCGCUCCGAAGAACAAUCAGAUUUGAAUGACAUCUUGCUACGCGUGUCUGCGUUUGGACUCUUCGUUUACGCCGUGUUCAGUGUUAUCGCCGGCGGAAUGGGAGCUUUUACCCACGAGCCAAAUCUACUGGUCAUGAUAACUGGAUGUCUGAGCGUGCUUCAAGUUGUGCUUCAGCUGCUAUUCAUCGCUGACGUUUCCCGCCGUCGAGUCCAUCUCCCAGAACAAGAGCGCAGCAAGCCAGCCCGUCAAGCCGUCACAUUCCUGCUCAUCUGCAACGUCACCAUGUGGCUCAUCUACACUUUUGAAGCCCAGAAAGUCCUUGCGAAUCCGGUCCAACUAGACUUCUACGGCUUUGUGGCCUGGUCUCUCGUCCAGCGUUUCACUCUCCCGCUUUGCAUCUUCCAUCGCUUCCACUCAGCCGUCACCCUAGCUGAGAUCUGGAAAACUAGCUACAAAGCGCGCCUGGAGUGAAUCUACACCAUCCAAGAUGGAUUGGAGAGUACUAUCCAAUUACCGCGAUGACCACAUCCUAGAAGACCUAGGAUUAUUACUACCGAUUUCGUCCUGAUUCGGGACAGCAAUUUUAUGAUUAGAUCGAAUAAAUUCGCUGUUAGUUUCAAAGUUAUCUGACAUUUCAUAACGUGUUAGUUUAGGAAUGUUUGACGAAUUUAGAUUGGUAAUUACAUCUUAUAAUGUAGAGACGAUGUCGUUACUCUCCCGGAAAGAAUCACGUAGUUGUCACUUGCACCUGAUCCUACUGAUAGCAUUAUGUUGGUUAUUAAUUUGAAGUGUAUUUUUGUUAUUAUUUUACAUUCCAUACUUAUAUAUCAGAUUCAAUACAAAUUAGGUUUCUUGUAAGACUGACUGUGGAGACUUUAAUGCGACCAAACAUACAUAUUUUCAGCUCAUUUUCUUUAUUAAAUACGUAAACAAAUUGCUCAUAUUUCGGAUUUCUAUACUCCGGAGAUUUUUAGACAUUUCGAGAAGAAAGUUUUACAAAAAAUGAAAAUCAUGUGAACGAAAAGCGAUAAUAGCAAGAAAUCCCCUGUUGUGAAGAGUUCCCUCCUUUGUUAGAAAUAAUUUGAGUGCCAUGAUUUUAGAAUUAAGUCUUGAUUAAAAUUUGACAAUAUUUUACAUUUUUGUUUUAUAUACUUAAAGCUGAAAAAUACGAAGACGUCUGUAUCUAGUUUACGAAUCGUCAUUUUCAAAUGUCUGUUACAUUAAUUAGCGAAUGUUUAGUGCGCUCUGUAAAAUCUGCAAGUUUAUUAAAACUUAAAGUUUAUUAAAUAGGUACUAUUAAUAUUUCCGAAAAUUUAUUAGCCAACAUAAAUUUAAUAAAUGAGUAGGAUUAGUUAAACAUAUUGAGAUCUAAUCGUAAGGAGGUAGGUAUUGUGACGGGGUAAAAUUUUUUUCAAACAUAUGUACUUAACGUUAGAAUGACGUAGUCGUGUUGCUUAAACUGCGAGAGAUGCUUGGAGAUAAUUUGAGGAGGUUCCGUUGAGAUAAUUUGAUUGCAUGGGGCCAUAAAAAUGAGAAAAACUAUGCACAGUUUUAUUACAAUGACGUUAACAAAUUCAAAUAUUAUGUAGAAUUUAGGAAACGUUUUCACAAGGUAUAUAUAUGGUAUCUUAAAAGCUAUAGACUCUUAAAGUCGGUUAAGGUUUUGCAAGUUGUUGGUCAAAGGUAUUCGCAGCGGUGUGAAACAUAAAUAUUGUGUUUGGACUAAAUAUUUUCGUAAUGAUUUUAGUGCAAUCUAUUUUUAUAGGCCGACUUGUUUUAUGAUACCUUGGUGUCGCGGUGGUCACGUCGAUGGGACGUAAUAUCAUUUUUCUAUGUUAUAGAUUUUGUAUAAAAUAGCUCAUACUCAAUCAUUUACGAUAAAUAUUAUAUUUAUUAAUUUGUAAAUUAACUUCUAAGGUUAAAUUAUAAUUUAUUGCUCUAAAAGUUGAGAAUAACGUGUGCUUACAUCGUGAGAUUUCGAGUGAAUGUAGUUAUAUAUUUUUAGUUUAUAAAUAAAAUUUAUACUUAGUAAUUUAUUGACGCAACAGAAGUAUGAACACAAAGCCAAGAACUCAAUGUUCGAUGAUUUUUGGAAAAUCUAAUAUCAUAAUGGUUUGAUACACAAGAUCCGUAUGUUCGGCUUGUUUUAUCACUGCCUAUAUUUUAACAAUAGUGAUUCGUUAGUAAGUCCUUUUAUAAACCUUAUACUGCAUAUUUUUAACUUGUUCAAUUUUGUAGAUGAUAUUUACUGUGUACCUUAAAGUUUGGAAAAAAAUGUACCGAUGUUUGUAAUUAGGUUUUAAUAUAUCAUAUGUACCUACAUGGAUAUUCGAUCGGUGUUAUAUAGAGAUACCAAAAAAAAAA